AGAAACUUGAUGUUUACAUGUUGUUUAUUACCCUUAACAACCCCCACAUUGUUGGAACCCUCUUAACCGCCCAGCAAAUCGUAGCAAAAACCGUUAAACUAACUUUUUGCUUACUUGUCUUACAAAAUACUUCUUCGUAAAUUCUUUCGAAAGAUUUGGACCUCAUAAUUUUCUCUGGUCACAACUUUUGUUUGAAUUUUCACAAAAAAUUAAAAACAAAAUCACAUCGUUUGAUCUUGUACAUUCAAUUCUGUUCCAAAUCUUCUUCCAUUCUUGUUGCUCGUUUCCCCAUUUCAAACCCCUUUUGAAGAAUUUAAUUCAUCUUUCAAUUAAAAGUUCUGAAUUUUCAACUUUCUGAAACGCCCACCACCUGUUUGUUAAAAUUCCCCAGUGAGUCUAACCUUGAUAAUCUGGGAUUCUGUUCAUCUGGGUGUUAAUAAUUUCCUGUGUUUUUAAUUGGGUUGGGUUUUGUUUUGUAAGAAUAAUGGUGGGAGCUUUCUCUUUACUAACUUCCCCUGUCAUAGAUUCUCCACAUACUUGUCCCUGUAUUUGUUUGGAUACUAUGAGUUCAUCUAGUAUGAAUCUCAAGAACAGUGGAGAUAUUGGUUUAGGAAGGAAAUCAACUGGUAAAAAACAAUCAAGGAGCAGACAGAUUGGAUCAUUGGAGCUGAGUAGCUCUUUUGUUGAUUCUGGGAAAGAAUUUCUGGGAAUUGUGAAUGAGAGAAGCUCAAGAAAGCUAAGGAAAGUUAGAAGCCCUGUGAUUGUCAGUGAACUUGGAGGACAGUAUGAGGACGGUUUCGAGGAUGUCAAGACGCAAUUACUCAACUAUUUUACAUACAAAGCUACAAGGACUGUCCUAACCCAGCUUUACGAAAUGAACCCCACUCAUUAUCAGUGGCUCUAUAAUUUUCUCGUUGCUAACAAGCCUGGAGAUGGGAAAGUCUUCAUCCGCAACCUUGGGAAGGAAAGGCAAGAUCUUGCAGAAAGAAUAAUGGUAACACGCCUUCAUUUAUAUGGAAAAUGGAUUAAGAAAUGUAACCAUGCUGAAAUAUAUCAGUUCAUAUCAGAUGAAAACUUGGCGUUGAUGCGUGAAAAAUUAUUGGAGACAAUUGUAUGGCCUUCAGAUGACACAAACACAGAAAAAAUUGGUUAAUUUAAAUCUGAGGGUAAUCAAUUUUUCGCUACUAGCUCAUCGACUGCCCUAUUUUGGUGUCAUUUUAUCUUCAUUGAAAAAAGAUUAAGAUGAACAAUACUAUGGUGCAUUUUGUAGAUGCUUUUGUACCUAGUAUUAGUUGUUUUAGGUUCAUAAUUGUAAGGAAUUAUAUUCUGAACUACACUUUUUUAGAUAUGGAGUAUAUGGUAUCAAUUUUUAAAGUAAA